CAAUCGGUUUGCCAUUAAAUUAGUUCAAGGAUUUUGACAAACGUGAAAGAAGAAUUGACUGAAAAAAUUAAUUGCUCGAACAUGUGAAUAACAUAGUGAUCAAAGAAAAAAAAACCAAUUAACGUACUGUCAGUGACUCAAGGUGUACUGAAUAUUUAAAUGCAGUAAUGAUUUAGUGAUCGGUGUAAAAAAAAAUGUCACGAAACGGAUUGCUCCAAUCAUUUUUACUCGUUGUAUUGUUACAAGACUCUGUGUACACUUUCGGUGAUACAGUGACUGGCAGCAGUAGCCCAGCAUCCGGUACAGCGACUGAAAUAAGAAACUACGAAGAUCCGAUAAAGGGAUCGGCGUCCAUAGGGGUUAACCGAUAUACCGAUCCGUAUGGAGGAUAUACGGAAUUUCCUGCAGAAAAUUCUCAGAGUCACGAAGACGAGGACGAGGAUCCGGAAGGUCCGCCGGAUCACGUGAUACCAGUGGCUGAGUAUGAGAUUCUGAAAGAAGUUCCGACAAGGCCAAAAUAUACGAGUCCUGGUGAGUGGGCCAAACCACCACCUGAGAAAAACAUCCCUUUAGACUUUGUACCGACCAAAUUGUAUGCUCAGGUGCGUGGAACGCAUACGGUUAAAAGAUUGCCGCAAGAAGAUGCCGUUAAGGCUGCUACGACGGAGGACGAGAAAGAAAAUGCAUUAAGAUUACGUGCUGUCGUUACCAAUUCGAAAGUGAACACUGUGUACACCGAAGAGGGUUACGAGGAUUCGGCUUACGAUCAUGCCGGACACGUGCGCGAUGCUGAUUUCCAUGAGGGGUACGCGAAGAAGCUUGACAACGAGUUGGAUACGAAUAGCGAGACCGGAAGUAAGGGAAGCAAGAAUAAAAAAUCUAGAAAUCGCAAGAACAAAGAAUCGGAUGACGAUUACGAUGACGACUAUAGCGAGCAUCUUGAAGAGAUCAGAGAAAAUAAUAAAUUGAAUAAGGGGAAGGGUACUAAGGGUGCAAAAAGAAUUCUCAAGGAUUGGCAAAGGAAAGAGAUAGAUCCAAAAUUUGUGGCUGAAAAUGGAAUAGAGAGAUUGGAGGAUGAUUUGAGGAGGGAGGAUGAAGAAGCGGAGAAGGGUUCUGAAAAUUAUGAAUUUGCACAAAAAAACAAGGAUUACGAUUACGACAGCACCGAUAAGCCACGCGUUGUUAAGAAAAUAAGAAAGUACGGGAGGAAGGAUGAUUCGAGAAAUCCAAUAGAGAACGGAAAGAAAUCGUCUAAAAUCCCGAAACGAAGGAAACAACUAUACCUAGAGAAAUACGAAUCUACAACGCCCGUUAAUACGGAGAGAUACGAGGACACGAAAAUUUCUCAAAAUCCAAACGAAGAACCUUCGUCGAUCAGUGAAAGUAGUUACUACAGUCCAGUGACUAGUCAACCGUUAUACGAUGUACCUCAAACAACAAUUGAUUAUAAUCGAGAAUUCUGGGACGUCCUGAGAACAGAAAAGCGUGUAACGACACCAGCAAAUAUUCAUAUACAAGAACAAAGUACUAUACCAUUGGCUAUACAAGAAGUCACAACCAUAGAACCGCAAUUGGAGCAUCAGACACCAGUUGUGGUAGCUACCAUAAAUGGUCACGGUCCGUAUUUAUUGGUAACCGAUAAAACCACUUUAGUGUCAAAUCCCAUAACGGAAAUACCAUACACCACAAAUCCAUCACAGACUGUGCAAAUACAACAAAAUGGUCAACAAUGGCCUGUUCAUCUAGCGAACGUACCAGCUGAGAAUUAUGGAACAUUCGAUCCGACUCUAAUUCACCAGUCAGUGUACGAAUCUUGGCAUCAAAAUAAUGCACCCGAAAAAACAUCCCAUCCAAUUCCUACGACAUACGUAGGUGCGUCUUCCUAUCCAUCUAUUGUCAGUGCAGCUCCCUAUCCAUCGGCCAGCACCCCAAGUCUUUUUGCACGUCAAGAAGAAAAUCCAUUGAAGAAUCAUGAAGCACGUGCGGGAUACGCGACCGUUGUCAGUGAAAACGUUGCACUGCACCCGGUGACGUCACUGAGUCAAAGACGAACGGAUACGAAGACUCAUAAUAAUGGGGUCUUCCGGUUUCGUCCGAAUGACAAUUAUGCGAGGAUGUUAAAUUACUUGAGGCGAGAGAAAAAUUUGAGAGACGAUAACGAAUCGUCUAUAAAGAAACGUGGUGUUUUACAGUCGACUGGGAAUUUACUGAGAAGGCAAAAAGAAGAGGAUUAUAAAAGAGAAGACAAGGAUGGAGAAGGAGAUUUCACUAUAAUGAAGCCGCCUUUGGCUUCGGGAGAGGUCACGUAUUCCGAUUUUGCGGCCGAUUCGAGAGCCAAUGUCGCGAGUCGUUCGAGCGCGAAGAAGGAAAGCGAAACGAGUCGAAGAAAGGAGCAACGAGAAAGGUCUCCUUCGCGGAAUUCCAGAUUUCUUAAAUUUUCGUCGCCGCUCGGUAAUAACGAUGAGAGGAUUGUCAGUGGGCAGUAUGAAAUUAAAUCAGUGCCCGUAUUGAGAUUAGUACCACCCUCAACCGAUAGUAAAGAUCAUUAUACAGAAUAUCGUGAAAGAUUAAAAGAAAAAUAUUUACCAAAUUUACCAAUUUUACCGCAAGUCCGAGCUGCUAGUUUUUUGAGGAGGAAACGUUCGUUUUCAGUUAAUGAAGCGAAAAUAGCUGAUAGGGUUAUUGCUUAUGGUAUUCAGAGACGAUUCAAACUUUUCAACGAUAAUAAUGAUCUUGCUUCUAAAAAGAUAUUGAGAUUCAAGAGAAAUCUAUUACCGGAGGAAUCUGUAUCGAUCACCGAGGCCGUUAUACCUGCUGCAGUGAAUUUAUCGGUGGGAGAAAAAUUUUUAAAAAACAAUACUGCGAUGCUCAGAGAAAGGAAUAGAAGAAGCAGCGAGGAUUUGCUCAAUGAGGCACCUAAGGUAGCUGCGGACACGAUAGACAAAGAAAUUAAAUCUAGAUUCAACAGCAAAGAGGAGGAAACUGAGAAGGACAAUGACCGUGAUGCUGAUGAAGAUGAGGAUGAUGAUGAUGAUGAUGAUGGAAAGGUCGAGGUUGAAGUACCUGAACUUGAUUACGUGCAAGAAAUCGAGGAUGCAAAUAAAAUUGACAUAACAAGCACAACAGAGGCAAGUGUUGAUUUUCGAAAAUAUCCCUUUUACAGGAAUGAUAAGAUGUCUUCGGGAACUCCACUGAAGUACAUAUUGGAUCCUGAGAAUGUCCCUAGGAAGACAUUGGGUGGAAUGGAAUUUUAUCGUUCUAGGGACAGAUACAUGGAAUGUGAUGACGUAGAUCCAAGUUUAAAAGAGGUCGUUCCGGACGAUGAGGAACCUGUACCAAAUAGAGGACCAAAAGAGGAUCUACCUAGACUACGUGGAUUGGGUGAUAAAUUAGACUGCUUCAAAGCGAAGUAUUUCGAUGAGAAUCCUCUGGAUAGUCCAAUAUUUUUUGAAAAGCAAAUUGCGCAACCAACACCACCAGCAGAACUGAACCCUGUGCACUUUGCCGAAAGAAUUACGGAAUUGCCACGAGAGAACGACGAGUACAUACAUCAGAAAUUGUCGAAGAAACCGGAAGUGCGAAAGAUACGAAGAAAAAGACUGAAUCGAAGACCCAGGGUGAGGCAAUACGAAAUACACGAAACUGUCCGUGUGAAUUAUUCAAAAAAUCCUGAAAAAACAAAAAACAUAAAUAGCUCACACCAGAGUAAGCAACGUGUACCCAUGAGCAAUUUAAACAGAAUUGGUCCAAAAAAUCGUAACCAUCAAGUAAGAAGGCCAAUUCUCACAACAACGGAAGUUCCAUUAAUCAAUCCAGUGACUCCGUACCAAAAAGAAGUAUACGAGGACGUAAUGGGAACGAUAAAAAGUCAGGCAAAUCUUUACAAAAAAUUUCGUGAACCGGUUACGAUACCUAAAACCGCAAGUUCCUCGAUGCAGCAAAAUUUUGCCAAAGUAACGAGCAUCGGCGAUGAACGACCACUGAAUUACGUAACUGAAUCAUUGAGAAACAGAAACACUGGAAUUCCAUUAUUGCACAUUACAAGAACACCUCCAACCGAACAUAUACAAGGAUUACUUCCGCCUCCAGAAAGAUCAUCAAAAAUAUUACCACACCUAUCAAGCAAGGUACCCUACAACACACGCGCAAGAACCGAGAGUCCUUUGGGUUUGGGUAAUAAACAGGUAGUAGGUUAUUACAAAACCGUCAAAGUGCACAAAAGAAGUGUUGACGAGCUAGAUUCGAAUGUGGAUGUAGUUGCACAAGAGAGCAGAAGAAUUUCUAGAGAAGCUGACACCGACUCUUCUUCAACUACCGUAAAACCACCUCGAAGACGACGUAGACCAGUUACACGGCCUAAUCUUGCUACACCACAGACUGCAUCAACAACUUCUCAAGGAGUAACCGAACCUUCGCAAAGGCCAGUCUACACUAUAAGGGACAGAAGACGAAAUUUGAAAAGUACAAAUGACACUGAGAAACAUGGUAAAUUUCUAACGCAACCUAAGGAGAACGAUACGACGGUAAGAAACGAACCGCGAUACACGUCAAUAAGAAGAAGAAAAAUCGCUAAUAAUCGAUCAACAACUACUGAAGUACCUGUCACCGUCACUACGGAAUCUGUCGAUAACGAGACUACCGUAAUACCUGUCACAGAAACAACAACAGUUGAAAGUGUAACGGAAUCGACUACUGUAACAAGUGAAGAGAAUAAUUCUCCAGAAACGGCUGUAAUCGAAUAUUCCACAAAACGUAAAAAAAAGGUGACUCUUGAUGAUCCAAAUGCUCUUGGUGAUUUGUCCAAAUCAGCGGAGGAAGAAGACAUGCCCCCUAAGGAAAGAGUAAAGAAGUACAAGGUCCACGAGGACGUUGAUGAAAGUCCAGCGCCGGAUAUAGCCGAGAUCGUAAAGAGUCCCGAGUACUCGGAAUUGAAAGCUUUGCUCCUGUCAGAUCCUCCAGGAUACGCUGAAGCGUUCUCAGAGGAAGCCGAAGAAGAUUCCGCGUCUAAGAACGAAGAGAACAAUUCCGAAGUACAAGAAUCAGAUGGAAACAAGGAGGAAGGUGAAGGCAGUGAUGAAGAUAAAAAUCCCAAAGAAGCCUACAAGGACGAAUCAUCCUCGGACGAGGACGAAGGGAAAUCCUCCAAGUCAUAUGACCCAGAGAGUAAUCCUUCUUUCGUGAACGAUGAUGAUAAAUUUGGUGAAGAGAAAAAACUGAAGUUCUUCGAAGAAAAUUCUUCUCGUCCCAAUUCGCCGUCGGAAAUAUUUGACGAUGGAAAAUAUUCAAACUUAGGACCCCGGAUUCACAAGCCGCCUUUUCAUCAUCCGAGCUUUGUUAUUUCCCAUUACGAUAAACCUUCGAAGAUGAGCUACACGAGUAGCAGCGAGGAUGAUGAUUUCGAGGGGGCGGAUAAAUCCGAGGAAACUGAGAGUAAGAAAAGAUAUAAGUAUCCGUGGGAAAGGUAUGAACCUGACCCAAAGUUCUAUCCAAAAUACCGUGAAAGCUCCAGUAGCAGAUACGAGUAUCCUUGGGAAAGAAGAGAACGCUUAGAACGAGAACGUAGAGAGAGACGCAAGCGACGUAGAAAACUUAGAUAUGAAGAUGACGAUGACGAUGAUGACGACGAGGAUGAGGAUGAGGAUGACGAGGACAGCGACCACGAGAAAGUAUCCUCGAGUUCAAUGCACAUUCGACGAUACGUCUACCCAUGGGAAAAAUACGACGUGCCGUCAAUAAAUAGAGAAAUGUCAGAUGACAAAUUUUGGGAUAGUUUCGACAGUGACGCGAGGGUAGCACCUACGAACAAUAGGGAACACUUUAUCUUACCUUCGGAACUAUUUUUGAAGAAGGAGAAAAUUCCCCCAAAAAAUUCCUUUCAUAAUGACAAUGACAAAGUAAACUCGAAAUAUCGACCCGUUACGAAAUUCAGUAGUAGAUAUAGUUCAAACAAAUUUAGAAUACCGAUCGAAGAGAUUCUCAUGAAAGAUUUCAUUGUCGACUUGUCUAACAAAGGUAAAAAAAAUUCUACCAAUCCUUCGGAUGGUAUUGAGACGGGCAGUGUUACGCCGGAAUUAUCGACUUCAACUUCCAUUUCCAUAGAGAAAACUAUUUCUAAUAGUAAGACAGUACCGGAAGACAUGACUACGUCGUCUGUUAAUAGAAAUAUAUCAGGAGUUACGUCAUCCAAGAGUAUGAGCAGAACGAUAACCAGGAGUACAAGUACAAACUUAUCGAAUAACCCACGAAGAAAUCAGAGUAGAAACGCAAGUAACAAAAUAGUGACAAAAGAUAAAGCACGGUCCGAUAAAGUCAACAACAAGAAUAUCAAAGCUCGUGUGGUAAAACCUUCAGGAAGGAAAUCUCGUCCUAUUAAAACUUAUAAUAAACAAGCUACUAAGCUGGAUACUAAUACUGCUACUACUACAAGUACUACUACCAGUGCUCCUCGUACAAGACCUACUACCACUACUAGUACUACUACUACUACCAGUGCUCCUCGUACAAAACCUACUACCACUACUAGUACUACUACUACUACUACACCUGCUCCUACUACUACUACACCUGCUACUACUAUUGCUAGUAUCAGUAUAGUAAAGCCAGAAAAAAAAUCAAGCACUGCUACAAAAAUAGACAUAGUGAAAAAUCGUAGACGUGGAAAUGUGAGAAAUUACAAAAAAGUGUCUGAACCAGGUAAAGAGAGCAAAAAGAACGAAGUCAAAGAAAACGUUCGACCAAAAUUUAAUAUCAGAAGACGGGUCCGACCAGUAGUAUCUACAGCAGCCAAAUCUGAUGUAAGAUCAGGAAAAAUGUCGAAAGAUUCAUUAAAGAAAAGCGAUGCUGCAAAAGCAAUGGAUUUGACAGAAAAAGAAAUAAAAAAUGCUGUGGAAAUAAGAAAAAGUACUACGACUCCAAUAAAUACAGAAAAUUCGACACCCAAAACGAGAACGAUCGAGCAUCAUUCGCGAGUCUCCAAGGAAGAGAUCAUAACGAAAACGUUUUAUCCCGAAGAAAUAUCCGAAAUCUCCGAAAUAGAAAAAGAUUCUGAAAUGGGUAUCAGCGAUACAAUAAAGCCUGAAGAAAGUAGUAAAUCGACAAAGCCAAAAUACAAGAAGGUCCUUAAGAGUAAGGUGAUAAAAAAUCCAAAAAUGCCAUAUAAAAAUGAAAGUAUCCAAAAAGUCUCCAUAAUAACAAAGGAAACACCGGAACACGUGUAUCAGACAAAGGAAAUAGAUAAGGAUGGUCACAAGGGAAUGUUCGUGUCCAUAAAACCAAAUGACCAUAAGAUGAAUGCCGAAUCCAUGGAUGACGGUAUACGAGAAAUAGAAAUGGAGGAACUAGAGAGAACGAUGGAAUCUCUCAAGGAUUUCGAGAUGGCCGAGGAGAAUUCAUAUCAGGAUGAGGAUAUCCCAAAAUCAGACAGGUACCUUCUUGAGAAUCCACUGCCAAAAAGGAUUCCAAAUUCGCAAGAAGAUCCCAGGAGUGAUCCGGAAGAUCAGUCCAACGACGAUGAUAUCGAAGAGGAGACUGAAGAUGAAUCCGGGGAAGAAUCAACCGAAUCGGAUAACGAAAAUACCAAGAUUAAUUAUAUCAAGAAUCCAUACGAUAGACUUUACUAUUACGUGGAUCGCUAAUAAAUGAUCUUGUAUAAAGAUACAGAUCAAAAUACAUAGUCUUCCUAAUAUCGAAUAGACAUGACGACGAUCUCGCUCGAAUAUUAGUAAUCUUAAGCGUUAAGUAAUCUCUGCAUUGCGAAAAUAUCCUCAGUCCAUUAUUCGUAUCCUUGUACCAAGAACUGGCAAAUUUCUAUUCGUUUAUUACAUAGAACGAUCAACCGUGCCAAAUCUGGCCAGGCACCAGGUUUUGCAUUGUUGCACAGCUGCGAAAAUCGUCACUUUGCAAAAAUAUUCACAACAAAGACCCAGUCUCUUUUGCUCUCUUUCAAACUCUCUUUUUUAUCGCUUCUCUUUCUCUUUCCCACGGCACUUGUUGUCACGAUCAAUUCGAGCGAGAUAUAUAUCACGGUUUGACAAGAAAUUAAAGAUUUCUCUUAUUCAACGAAUUCACCCCUUAUUGUCCUUACCACUAUUUAUAAUGCUGUACAUAGAACCGUAGUACAUAUGUUGACAUUGCUUUAGUUUUAUUCAUUAUUGUUUUCUUUCUCGUUUGUUACCAUUAAAUAAAAGUUACGUUAAACAUA